UCCCCGAUUCCCCUCCCCUGCCCAGAGCCCCUGUGGGUGCGGGCGUCUGGCCCCGCCCACGGUAGCCGCCCAGUUCCUAGCGGGGCGGGCCGGGCAAGGUAUAAAGCAACAAGUAAUCCGCGUGCCAGGAGUCGGGACAACUUCGCCUGGGAAAGUCCUCACAGCCCAGCAAGUUCCGGCACCCGGCCAGCGUUGCCCCGGCAACCAGCAGCCCAGCCAAUCAGCGCCCAGCGCCGCCGGAGCCAUGGCCGUCAGGACAGCACUGAUCGUCCUGGCACACUCGGAGAAGACGUCCUUCAACCAUGCCAUGAAGGAGGCAGCGGUGGAGGCGCUGACCAGCAGAGGAUGGGAGGUAAUGGAGUCCGACCUCUACGCCAUGAACUUCAAUCCCAUCAUUUCCAGAAAGGACAUCACAGGUGAGCUGAAGGACUCUGAGAACUUUCAGUAUCCUGCCGAGGUUUCACUCGCUUACAAAGAAGGUCGCCUGAGCCCGGAUAUCGUGGCUGAGCAAAAGAAACUGGAGGCUGCAGACCUGGUGAUAUUUCAGUUCCCGCUGCAGUGGUUUGGAGUCCCCGCCAUUCUGAAAGGCUGGUUUGAGCGAGUGCUUGUAGCAGGGUUUGCCUACACAUAUGCUGCCAUGUAUGACAAGGGCCCCUUCCAGAAUAAGAAGGCGGUGCUCUCCAUCACCACUGGCGGCAGCGGCUCCAUGUACUCCCUUCAGGGUGUCCAUGGGGACAUGAACAUCAACCUCUGGCCAAUUCAGAGUGGCACUCUGCAUUUCUGUGGCUUCCAAGUCUUAGAACCUCAGCUGACUUACAGCAUUGGGCACGUGCCACCAGAUGCCCGAAUCCAGAUCCUGGAAGGAUGGAAGCAACGCCUGGAAAAUAUCUGGGAGGAAACACCACUGUAUUUUGCUCCAAGCAGCCUCUUUGACCUAAACUUCCAGGCAGGAUUCUUAAUGAAAAAAGAAGUACAGGACGAACAGAAAAACAAGAAAUUUGGCCUUUCUGUGGGCCACCACUUGGGCAAGUCCAUUCCUGCUGACAACCAGAUCAAAGCCAGAAAAUAAGACUCACAGGCUGUCUUUUCUAACACGGAGACAAAUCUAGGUAUCUGUUUCCCUAACUUGUUUUAGUUUUUGUAGAUUUGGGUUUUUCCUCAUGUCCAUAAAGCAUGGGUAGGAAAAAGAUUAGAUUGUAUUUGUAACAUUUUGGAUAGUUUUACUGUUUAAGCAUAACUGAUUGUUAGGAUUGCUAUUGUGGUUUACAACUAGGCUCUUUUAGGCAUUAGAGGACACGGGUGGUAAAGCAAAGAGAGCUAGAAAAUAGUCUUUUUGGUCAGCUACAUGACUUAAUUUCUUUUUUUAGGGCUGAACUGUUAGGGCCAACUUUGGCUAGACACCAUCCAAAUCUCCAGUGAUCUAUUUUAAUUACCUCUCUGUGGUUUACAGCAGAGAGGGAAUUGCCCAAAGAAAAUAACGACUGAAUCCAUCUAGCCUAAGGGACUUGUUUGGUUGUUAGCAAUCCAAUGCUUGUUUAUGAUCUUUAUUAGUUUCAAUUACCAUACAGUGACUAAUAUGCCUUUCUUCCUUCAACAUUUUUUGUACACAUGUGCACAGAUACCUUAAAAUGAACAGCUAAUAAAGGUCUCUCCUUCA